CAGAGGGCCCCCACACUGCACAGCCCCCAAGAUUCUAUGCAAGUUUUUCCAAGAUGAAGCUGCCAGGACAAGAGGAUUUUGAACAUUCUGGUGCUCACGAAAAUGUUCUUGCAGAGGAACUGGACAGUGGCCUUGGCCCUGGCCCUAGCCUUGAUGGCCCCUCAGACACAGACAAUGGGGAAUUGGGGGCAUCCAAGGACCCAGUGCUCUUCAUUCAACUAAAUGAGCUGCUAGGCUGGCCCCAGGCACUGGAGUGGAGAGAGACAGGCAGGUGGUUGCUGUUUGAGGAAAAGCUAGAAGUAGGCGCAGGCCGGUGGAGUGCCCCCCAUGUGCCUACCCUGGCACUACCCAACCUCCAGGAACUUCGAAGACUGUUGGCUGAGGGCAUUGUACUGCUGGACUGUCAAGCUCAGAGCCUCCUGGAGCUUGUGGAGCAGGUGGUCGGUGAGGAGUCACUGAGCCCAGAACUGAGAGGGCAGCUUCAGGCGCUGCUUCUGCAGAGACCCCAGCACCACAUCGAGACCACAGGCAUCAGGCCCUGCAAAGGGUCUAAGGCUUUCAGAACCGCCUCUCGUGAUGAGGACGCCCUCCUGAAGCACCAGAACCCCUUGAGACAGAAGCUGCCUCCAGGAGCUGAGGCAGCAGCCGUGUUAGCAGGAGAGCUGGGCUUCCUGACACAGCCACUAGGGGCCUUCCUGAGACUGCGGAAUCCAGUGGUGCUGGAGCCUCUUACAGAGGUGAUCCUGCCCAGCAGGUUUUUCUGCCUCCUUUUGGGUCCUCCCACCCCAGGAAGGAGCUACCAUGAGAUGGGUCGGGCGGCAGCUGUCCUCCUCAGUGACCAGCAAUUCCAGUGGUCAGCUCGUCGGGCAAGCAAUCUUCAUGACCUCUUGGCAGCCCUGGAUGCCUUUCUACAGGAGGUGACAGCUCUACCCCCAGGUCGGUGGGACCGGACAGCCCGGAUUCCCCCGCCCAAAAGCCUACCCUCUCAGCACAAAAGCUUGAGGACGCCCUCAGCUCCCGUCGCAGUAGCCUCCAGGGGGCGGGGCAUCAACUACCCUAGAAGCAAAUCUCAGGUUGACUGGAGAUGUCAGCCAGUCUGGGGUUCCCAUUCUGCCCAGGCUCCCGUCAGAACUGCAGGAGGUCACCGGGCUCUGCCUUCAAAGUGCAGCCUUGGCAGAGGACAAGCACCACCAUGGGCCCCACGCACCCAGCCCAGAAUUGCAAAGGACCGGCAGUGUUUCCCGGCUGUGCUCUACAUUUACCUGGCUACAGUCACGAAUGCCAUCACUUUUGGGGGUCUGCUGGGAGAUGCCACUGAAGGUGCCCAGGGAGUGCUGGAGAGCUUCCUGGGCACAGCGGUGGCUGGAGCUGCCUUCUGCCUAAUGGCAGGUCAGCCCCUCACCAUCCUUAGUAGCACGGGGCCAGUGCUGGUAUUUGAGCGUCUGCUUUUCUCUUUUAGCAGAGAUUACAACCUGGACUACCUGCCCUUCCGCCUGUGGGUAGGCAUCUGGGUGGCCACAUUUUGCCUGGUACUGGUGGCUACAGAGGCCAGCUUGCUGGUGCGUUACUUCACCCGCUUCACAGAGGAAGGCUUCUGUGCUCUCAUCAGCCUCAUCUUCAUUUAUGAUGCCAUGGGGAAAAUGCUCAACUUGAUCCAUGCCUAUCCAAUCCAAAGGCCAGGAUCUCCUGCCUAUGGGUGCUUCUGUCAAUACCCAGGCCCAGGAGGGAAUGCAUCUGAGUGGAUGAGCACAAGGCUUGAAGACACAGAUCAUGCCUUAAGCCUGCACCUAGGCCUGGUCAAUGCAUCCUUGCUGCCUCCGUCAGAGUGCUUCCAGCAAGGAGGCUACCCUCGCGGCCCUGGUUGUCAUACUGUUCCAGACAUCGCCUUCUUCUCCCUUCUCCUCUUCUUUGCCUCUUUCCUUUGUGCCAUUGCCCUCAAGCACGUGAAGAACAGCCGCCUCUUCCCCUCUGUGGUACGCAAGGUGAUCGGCGACUUUUCCUCCGUCCUGGCCAUCCUGCUGGGCUGUGGCCUUGACGCCUUUCUGGGCCUAGCCACACCAAAGCUCUUGGUGCCCACGGAAUUCAAGCCUACACUCCCCGGGCGUGGCUGGCUGGUGUCUCCUUCCGGUGCUAACCCCUGGUGGUUGAGUGUGGCAGCUGCUGUGCCUGCUCUACUACUGUCUAUCCUUAUCUUCAUGGACCAGCAGAUCACGGCAGUCAUUCUCAACCGUGCAGAAUAUAGACUGCAGAAGGGAGCCGGCUUCCACCUGGACCUCUUCUGUGUGGCUGUUUUGAUGCUCUUCACAUCAGCACUUGGGCUGCCUUGGUACGUCUCAGCCACUGUCAUCUCCUUGGCCCACAUGGACAGUCUUCGGAAAGAGAGCGAAGCCUGUGUCCCUGGCGAAGCCCCCCACUUUCUGGGCAUCAGGGAACAGCGGCUGACAGGCUUGGCUGUGUUCAUCCUCACAGGAGUCUCCGUCUUCCUGGCACCUGUGCUCAAGUUCAUCCCGAUGCCUGUGCUCUACGGCAUCUUCCUGUACAUGGGGGUGGCGGCACUCGGCAGCAUCCAGUUCGUGAAGAGAGUGCAGCUGUUGUUGAUGCCAAAGAAACACCAGCCAGACCUGCUGCUCUUGAGGCACGUGCCCCUGGGUAGAGUUCACCUGUUCACAGCCAUCCAGCUUGCCUGCCUGGGUCUGCUUUGGAUAAUCAAGUCUACCCCUGCGGCCAUUAUCUUCCCACUCAUGUUACUGGGCCUGGUGGGAGUCCGAAAGGUGCUGGAGUGGGUCUUUUCGCCACAGGAACUCCUCUGGCUGGAUGAGCUCAUGCCAGAGGAGGAGAAGAACAUCUCUGAGAACCGGACUGAGCCAGAGCGCUUGUUUGGUGGAAAUGACAGUGAAGACUCAGAACUGAUGUAUCAGCCAAAGGCCCCAGAAAUCAACAUCUCUGUGAAUUAGCUGGAGUCAGAGUGUGGAGAGCCCAGGAGACGCCCACAAGGGACUGGAGAGAUGCCUCAGCGGUCAAAGAACACUUGCAGCUCUUCCAGAGGACUUGAGUAUGAUUCCCAGCAUCCAUAUGGCAGCUUAUAACUGUCCUUAACUCCAGCCCCAGGGGAUGCCACACUCUCUUCCAGCCUCCUUGAGCACCAGGCAUGCAAAAAGUAUCCUUAAAUACAUGUAGACAUAAAGUAAAAAUAAAUAAAUCUUUAAAAAUACUUUGUAAAUAAUUAAAAAAAAAAAAAAGAAUAAUGAGCCAGGUGUGAUGCACACCUGAAAUCCUAGCACUGGAGAUGCUGAAGUGGGAGGAUUGAGGGUUUGAGGCCAGCCUUGGCCGCAGGGUAGGCUCAUGGCCCGCUUUAGCUACAUAGCAAGACUCUGUCUUAAAACACCCAAACCAAAGAAGAGCAGCUAGUAACAGUGAAGGGGAUGAGGAUGGGGAUGGGGCUCAAUGGUAGAGCUCCUGCUUGGAGAACACAUGCUCCCCAGAUACUCCUGUCCUCAAAGAGAGCAGCAAUGAAUUGAAUACAGUGUUAAAAAUAAGAUAUUUUAACCUGGGGAUAGUUGUACACUUCUGUAAUUCCAGCGCUCAGAAGGCAGUGGCAGGAGAAUUAGGAAUUCAACUACAUAAUGAGUUUGAGACUAGCUUGGGUCAUAUAAGACCCUGUUUCAAAAACAAACAAAACAAAACACAGGACUGGGGCCACCAUAGCUCUGCCCCAGACCUCAUUUCAACCUCUGUGCCUGGGUGCUCAGAGCUGGGCAGAUUGGUGAGGGAGCUCCCUAGAAACCUGGGGCAGCCUUUAGUCUUCCUGACAGGGCUGGGGGAACGCAUGCUGUGUGUAGGAGCAGCCUUAAAUGUACACCCUGGAGUUCAAAGACCUGGUUCUCAGUCUAAUGUUGUCAUACACUUC